UCAGUGGUGCGAUAAGGACCGGGGGCCUUAGGUGGGAAAGACAGAGGAAAAAAGUUCACUUCACGCCAUUGGGUGCCAAGAGAAGGGGGAACGCAACUACACUGGAGCUCUCACUGUGUGCUGAUUGUUGAUCAUGGGUGACUGGAGCUUCUUGGGAAACAUAUUAGAGGAAGUAAAUGAACACUCGACGGUGAUCGGCAGGGUGUGGCUCACGGUUCUCUUCAUCUUUCGGAUCCUCAUCCUGGGCACGGCCGCCGAGUUCGUAUGGGGGGACGAGCAGUCGGAUUACGUGUGCAACACCCAGCAGCCUGGUUGCGAAAACGUGUGCUACGAUGAGGCUUUCCCCAUCUCGCACAUUCGCCUGUGGGUCCUCCAGAUCAUCUUCGUGUCCACGCCCUCACUGGUCUACGUGGGCCACGCCGUGCACCACGUCCACAUGGAGGAGAAGCGUAAGGAGCGCGAGGAGGCCGAACUGAACCGCCAGCAGGAGCUGAGCGAGGAGCGGCUGCCCCUGGCACCUGAUCAGGGCAGUGUGCGCACUACCAAGGAGACCAGCACCAAGGGGAGCAAGAAGUUCCGUCUGGAGGGCACCCUGCUGAGGACCUACAUCUGCCACAUCAUCUUCAAGACGCUGUUCGAGGUGGGCUUCGUGGUGGGCCAGUACUUCCUGUACGGCUUCCGCAUCCUGCCGCUGUACCAAUGCAGCCGCUGGCCCUGCCCCAACACGGUGGACUGCUUCGUGUCGCGCCCCACCGAGAAAACUGUCUUCAUCAUUUUCAUGCUGGCCGUGGCCUGCGUCUCGCUCUUCCUCAACUUCGUGGAGAUCAGCCACCUGGGCCUGAAGAAGAUCCGCUUUGUGUUCCGCAAGCCGCCGUCCCAGACCCAGCCAGGCCAGGGAUGCGAAGGCCAAAGCCCCCCUGGGGAGAAGAGCCUUCAUUCAAUGGCAGUGUCGUCAAUCCAGAAGGCAAAGGGCUACCGGCUGCUGGAGGAGGACAAACCCUCCUCACACUUCUUCCCCUUGACAGAGGUGGGCAUGGAGGCGGGCAGGCUGUCCGCACCGUAUCAGGCAGAGCGCGAGAACAGCUCUAAAGCAUACGAUGAGACUUUACCCUCCUAUGUCCAGACCACUGCACCAGAGGUGAGGGUCUUACCUGAGAGCACCAACGGCCCAGCAGAACCAGACGUAGAGGCUACCGACACGAUAGAAGACUCCAGACCACUCAGCAGUUUAAGCAAAGCCAGCAGCAGGGCAAGGUCAGAUGAUUUGACAGUAUGAACGUGAAUCCAAAGCAGAAAAGCAUGGGAGCGAAGCCUAACAGAGCCUUAACUCUUGCUGUGAGGGAAGUUAACAUCAGCUCGGGAGAAAGAGUUUAAAAUGCUGUGCAAUGUGCAAGGAGCCUUUAGUGUUAAAAGAUAAACUUGUAUUUUAUAAGACAGCAUUUUUUUUUACUGUUUUCAUCAAUCUAUUUAAAAGCUAACAAAAAGAAAAAAGUUCCUUUUCAGCAGGGUUCAUAUCUUGCAAGAGGUUAUUAUUUAACAAAAAUGUGUUUUUUAAUUCAAAUAUUUUCUAUCAAGAGUUUUAACCAAAAAUUAUAAAACGCUUCCGAUGUUUACAUUUUUUGAUUAGCCAUUUAGCCUGAUGUUAAAUGUUAUAUUUCUAUUGAGGAAGUUAUUUUUGCAACAAUGUCAGGGUUACACUUGAGCGUGUGUGUAUGUAUUUCAAUAAUUUAACCUCAAAUACUCAAACAUAUACAACUAAUAGAUUUGACGUAAAUGAACUUCUGUAUGUCUGAAAACCAUGUAAUGUCAAUUAGAGCUUUUAUUUUUUGUUCAUCUGUGAGAGGAAACUUUCAUAUUCUCAUAGAAAAGUUUUAAAAAAAAGAACUGAAAAAGAAAAGACCACUGCUUAAAGGAAAAUGUAUGUGAAUAAUGACGUUUAUGUUUACAAUCCACUGAAAGUACAAAAAAAACACAUAAUAACCAUACAUUUUAUUGAUAACCAUGAAAACAGCCAUUGGACAAAUGCUUUCUUCUCUCAGUCAAAUGUUAAACACAGCCGCCAUUAUGAAAAAGAUCUUGCCCCAUCAGCACAAAUGCAGUUGUGUUGAACACGAGAGAAUAAAAUGUGUUGAACAUGGUAGAAUAAAAUAGAAAAACAACCAAAAUUUUACAGAACUAACUUUUUGGUAUAAUAAGACAACCAUAAAAAGUGUAGGGCUUCCGUCUGCGCUUUGCAAUGCCUUUUUUUAUAACCACAAUUUCAAAGCAAGGGCCUCACACUAAAUUCAGUUACACAGUAGUUAAGACAGAAAUAUCUGUCUCGUCGGUUGGACUUUGACACAUUUCCACUACUGAGUCAUACUGCAUUCUUUCUAUACUGAUGUUCAUAUUUACAAAUAUACUAUAGUGAAUUAAAAUAAGGGCAAUGGUUAUCUAGCUGAUUCAUUUGUAGUUGAUACUGUGACACAAAGGAAGACAAUAUAUUUCAGACAUAUUAAUACUAAUUCUGGGAGGGCAUAGUAAUAUACAGGCCUUAAAAUAAUUCAAGGUUUUAAAAAACUUAAACAUUUAAUAAGUGCCUCAAGGAUAUACUUGACUAAAGUCUGAAUGAGCCCUUCUAGUAUAAUGUGAUGUUUACAUAGAAAUACUGUGAUAGUGAAACAAAAUUGUGACGUUGAGACAACAUUUUGUGACAUUGACACAACAUUUGGUGACGUUGAAACAUAUUGUGAUGUUGUAUCAACAAGCCGUGUACAGUGUCUGACUUGAAAUGUCUGUAAUGGUUUGAUGAGCAUCAAUGUAGUGUUGUUGGUUUUAUCUCUACUUUCAUAAUUUAAAAAAAAUCUAUUUUGAAACAAUUUAGGGGUUAAGGAAUUGUUGCUCUGGAAACUGUCUUUAACUUUCUUUCAACUUUUAUUUUAGGUUUUAAAAUAUGGUUUAGAGACCUAGAAUCCCCUUACUCUCCUAUUUACCUUUCUCAAAGUUCAGCCCAUUUUCCAUCAACUUUUUUUUUAAACACUAGGGUCAUGUUCAUUAGGCAUCAAACCUAGAAAAAGAACUGACUGAAACAAAAAGAGACCAAUGUGAGUUGCUCAAUAUUGUGAUUUUGGAGAAAACAUUUCAAAAUGUUUCCGUUGUGUGCCCUAAUGAACAUGACCCAGAACAGAGAUUAACAUGUUCCAGACACUGUACAUUUUAAGACUUUGAAUCAAACAUUAAUUUCUGUGAAGAGCAUUUAAAUGGGGAUUUGUAUACAUCCGAGUCCCAGCCUUUUUCAGCUGAGUCCAAAUGAGUCAGCCCAUAUUCACCAACAACACGUGGCAAAAAGAUAAUGGGAAGCAUUAAGAACAAUAGCGUUUAGAACAAUCACCCGCUAGAAGAGGUAAAAAAAAUCUAAGCGUUGAAAUGGUCGGGAAAGUAACAUUAGCCUUGCUAAACCAACAUCAAAUCAUCUGAAUAUAGUGCAGCUAGGCUCUUCGUAAUGUGAAUGGGGUGCUCAUUCACUUAUGAGGGCUGCUAGACAAUGUGUUAUCUUCAGUUGAAUUAAAUCUUAUGUCAAAAUUAAAUACAAAAUGAAUUAAUUAGGUAGGGAAGGAAAGAUGUCCACAUAAGGUGAUGUCAAGCCGUUGGCCUAUCUGCCCUGCUUACUUGAAUUACCUGAAUGGAGGAACUAUCUGAAAUAUUAGAAAAUAUUUGGAAUCAAUUCUUAUCCAGCUCUGUACAUUUCCAAUAAUCAAGAGACAGACACAGUCCUUGUCAUUUCAAACCUCAGUAUUAGUGUCCUAGUGGUAUCAAAGUUGCUUCUUUUACUUUGAUCGAAAGAAGUAUUCUUAGUCUUAGGGAAAAAAUGAAACUUUUUACUAACUUGUAGUCCUAUUUGCUCAUAGUUGUGUGCAAGCAUCAUCUUUUGAAACUGUGA